AGUGCAGGUAGCUGGCCUAGGCCAGGUGUAGUGAAUGGGGUAGUUAUCCCAGCACUCUGUGAGAGAGAGAAGUUGUUGUUGUGUGCCUGUCUCAGGGAAACAUUCUGCCUCUUACUUUAACUCCCCAGACUAAAGGACUCCUCAGUGUUUAUAUGGACUGGGCUGUUUAAUCCGUGAGACCCCAGAGACACUGGGCUGUUGGAUUCUAGGGGACUUGCUGUUCUUUCUGUAUGGACUGUUCUAGCCUAAUUGCUUGAUCCCAGUAGGAGACGCUCAGCUCUCCUCACGGCAGGUACUGAUGCUGUGGUGGUCCAAGAGUUGCCAUAAGGAUAAAAGGCCCAGGAGGCUCCCCUUUGCCCUCCUGCAGCUGCAAAAAGAGCUUGUGGAAGGUCAGGAUGAAGCUGCUGGCCGCUGUGGUGCUGGUUGCAGGCUUGGUUGGCAUCGCUGCCUGGGGAAAUGAGGCCUUCGCAGGGGAUGAACAGAUGGGCACCUGUGUCUUUGAGAAGCUGACUGGACAGGACUACAAGUUCUGCAGAGGGGACUUGGAGGUUUUCUGCCCAGAGCUGGGAGAUGUUGGCUGCACGUACAUCCCCAAGUGCAAUCAGUACCGGAAACGGAUCAGCAAGGAAUGGCGCAGCCCAACGAUUGUGUAUCCACAGGCUGACAAGAAUAAGGAGUAUGUGCUGAUCAUGGUGGAUCCAGAUGCCCCGAACAGAGCUAAUCCGAAGUACCGUUUCUGGAGACACUGGGUCGUCAUUGACAUCAAAGGCACAGACCUGAGGGCUGGAAAACUGAAAGGCCACGUGCUAACAGACUACGGCCGCCCCACACCUCCAUCCCAGAGCGGGUACCAUCGCUACCAGUUCCGUCUGUACGAGCAGCCGGCUCACGAGGCCAUAUCCCUAAGUCCAGAGGAAGAGGCAUCUUUGGGUUCCUGGCCAAUGGAGCGUUUCGUUGAGCAGUUUCGGCUCGGAUCCCCCGUGGCUUCGACCCAGUUCCUCACUCAACAUCACAGUGACUAGAGGCAGCAUCGCCAUCUGAGGCCAGCCCCAGAGCUUCCCCUCGGAAGAGUGUCGCUCUUCUUGGCUUUGAGUUGUUUGCAUUUCCCUGUCUGAUCGUGAGGCUCUGAAAAAUGUCACACUCAGCCUCUGCCCUCUAGAAAGUGAAUUCUACGAAUGCUUAUACCCAUUCCGUUAUUUCCUCGUCUCCUUCCAUUCAGUACCCUGGUCACUGCUGGGGCCAGCCCGGUGCCCUGCACUGGAGCAAGUCAUAUUUCCUCCACGAUGCACAGUGCUCAGCUUUUGACCCUGGUGCCCCACCAAUGCCACCAUAGAGGUGCAAACACACCCCCUCUCCACUUCACCUGACUGCAUUGCAGCUAGAGCCCUGCUGGUUUGUCGAGGCCCUUUGUGAUGGGCUUUAUCUAGCACCAUGCGGGCAGUCUGCAGAGGUGAAGUGGUAUUUUGCACUUCCUGAAGCUGUCUUGGAGCCUGAUUUAUCCCUCCAGUGAUGCAGGUGCCAGCACAGGGCCCUGACGAAGCAGCUUUCACCUUUCCUAUUCAGGGGCUGCAGGGGCCAGUGCAACCUUGGGCUCGAGGGUAUUGCCUGGGAGUUAUGCCUGCCCUCUGGCCCCUUUGCACCAGCCUUGCCUUUGACAUGCUAAGACUGUCCUCGCGCAUAUAACUGGAAACCCACCCCUACCCCAAAAACCCAGCUGGGAUUUUCUCAGCUAGGGUAUGUCCCUCUGGUUCAGCCUGGUGUAAAUUUUCACAGCUGGCUUGCGCAGCAGCAGCCACCAAAGCUGCCAUUCUCGCAGUGCCGCGGGUAUUAGAGAGAGAUGCUGAGUCUCUUGAAGAGACCAGUGGCCUCCAGUCUGGCCCCAGCGUGGUGGUGAGCAGAGAGAGGGUCAUCAGUUUGGAGAGCCUGAUUCUGAUCUCACUUGCAGCCAUCUAAAGCAGGAGAGGACCCAGUCAAACCAAUGGAAUUACACCAGUGUGAGUGAGAGCAGAAUCGAGUACAGCCCCCCCGGGCUGUAGCAGGAGCCUUUCCAACGGCUGUCCUGAAGACAGGCCUUCGCAGUGACCAUCCAGGUUUAACCGUUCCUCGAGUCCCAUGCUCUGUGGUCACCCCCCAUUUCCCCAAGCAAGCGUCGUGAACUCGGCACAGCUGUGCACCAGAUGUUGUGUCUAGUACUGAAGUGACAAAGAAACAGUCAGAGCUGGGUCCCUCUGGCUCUGUCACUGACAGGCUCUAAGCUGUGUGGUUUGGGAAUCCCACUGGGACAGAGUAGCCGGAUCCGGCCCUCCGACUUGUCUCUUCCUUUCUGGCCUAGACUCAGUGUAGCAUUUCCUGCCUCUGUGUGUGGGAGUGGGCUUUUGUUUGGUUUUGUUUUGUCUGUGCUUUUUUUUUCUUUAAUACCUGUUCCUUAUUGCAGCAAUCAGAAUAAAACGUGCCAUUGAACAUC